GAAGAGAUUUCCUAGCCUUUCUCUUAGGGAGAUCUAACCGUUCUUUCGGGAAAGAGAAAUCACGUGGAUACCAAAGGUCAAGGAUUAUCACCGCUAGGCCGGAAGAUCUGCUUUUAGGAAUGUCGAAUUUAUCAUUGAGAAGUAUCUUGGAUACAUGCAAGCUUACUGGACCAAACUUUCUGGACUGGGAAAGAAAUGUACGAUUAGUUCUUAGACAAGAAAAUAUUGAGUAUGUGUUAGACACACCGGUACCCAAGAUUCCUGAUGCCAACUCUCCCGAGUUUGCCACGUUUGACCUGACUGCUCGAGAGAAACACGUCACUGAUGCUAAAACUGUACAAUGUGUUAUGUUGGCUGCAAUGUCUAUGGAGUUGCAAAGGCAACAUGAUAGGAUGAGCGCCUUCGAGAUGCUUGAACACUUGAAAAAUCUGUUUGAUUCGGAAAGUCAGACUCUAGAGUAUGAACUUCUGACAAACAUUUUCAAGUGUAGGCUUCAAGAGGGUGGCAACGUGUCUGAGCACGUCCUCAAAAUGAUUGGCUUAAUUGAAAGAGUUGUUAACACCGGAAUUAAGUUUGAGGAUCGUGUCUCAACUGCUAUCAUCCUAUAUUCGCUUCCAAGUUCAUUUACUAACUUCAUUGUGAAUUAUAAUUUGAACAAAACGAAAGCGACCAUGCCUGAACUCCAUAACAUGCUCAAGUCUUAUGAAGCCUCAACCUCUAAAGGAAAGACUGUUCUUAUGGUAAGCUCUAAUGCUACGUCUCGUUCUAAGAACAAGAAUAAGCAAAAGAAGAAAGGUAAGGUUGGACCUACUCCUACAGCUCUGAAGCCUAAAGGUGGAGGUCAUAUGAAGCCAAAGGUUGCAAAGGAUGUUUGCAUCUACUGCAAAGAGAAGGGGCAUUGGAAGAGAGAUUGUGAGUUGUAUAAGGCUAAUCUAGCCAAAGCAUCGGGUGCUUCAAGCUCAGAAGCAUGAGAAGCAGUGUAGCAGUUGGACUGGGUAAAAUUGACCUACGCGUGAAGGUUGGAGCAAAAGUUGUUGCUGAACGCAAUAGGAUCUUAUAGUUUAGACUUGCCCAAUGGUUUUAGAUUAGAAUUAAAUAAUUGUUAUUUUAUUCCUUCUAUUACCAAGAAGAUUAUUUCCAUUCAUAUGUUAGACAUUAAAAGAUUUCUAUUUCCAUUUUGCUAAUAAUAAUUGUUAUUUUCAUAAAAUGGUGUUGUUGUGGAAAUGCUUUUCUUAUGAAUGGUUAAUUAUCAAUCGACAUAUUAGAUAUUAAAUGAAUAAAAUAAAAGGAUCUCGAUUAAGUAAUCAGAAAAAUUACUACCUAUCUAUGACAUUGCAAACUUGGUCAAAUUAAUGAAACAAGAAUAGCAACGUUAAAUGAAUUAGAUUAUUUAACACCAUUUGCUUUUGAGUCAUAUGGAAAUUGUGAAUCUUGUCUUUCAAGCAACUUGACUAAUAAACCUUUUCUAGGAAAAAGGAUAGCAAGCCAAAGAGUACUUAAGUGAAAUUUCUGAUUUAUUUAAAAGGUCAAAGAAUUCCAUCAUAAUGAACUCCUCCAGAACACCUUAGAAGUCUGGCGUUUCUGCAAGGAGAAAUAGGGCUUUGUUAGACAUGGCUAGAUCUAUGAUGAAUUCAUUUUCUCUUCCA